AACUGUAAUGUGUGGAAGUUGAUCAUUGCUGACUCUAUAGUUCAACAGAGGUGAUUGAAUUUUGUAAAAGAAAAACAGAGUUGUGAAGUGUUUUGGUUUGUGGAUGAGGAAGAAUGUUGGUAGCAGAGGAGAAAUCCGCGGUGCGAGCCUCUUCGGCACCCCCGGAAUCUAACCACCAUCGUCGAUCCGGCAGUUUUUCCAUGAGGCAGGUUUACGAUAAAAUGCAGAAGUAUUUGAAGCAAGAUGCGACGGGAAGCGACGGACCUGCAGGAAACAACACCUCGUCUCCAGUCAACAAACGCAGGGGAUUCAGCGGCCGGAAAUGGCUGCCACCGCCGCUGCGGAAGUUGUCACAGGGAAAAGUGGAGAAGACACAACAGUCGACGCCGGAUCGGCCGCCGCUCAAGAAGACCGGAUCAGAUAAACGAAUCAAGGUGCCAACUGAAAUGGGUAACAAACCGUCGGUGUCCGAAGGAGAGGACGAAGGAGAUGAACGCGUGUUGCGCGCAGCCCGUUCUUUAGGGAACGCGGAAUUGGCGAACGGCGGCGCCGAAGAUGUCGACGACGUCGAAGUCGAAUUACCGCCACCGAUGAAGCCCAUCUCCGAACCGAUCCUCUGUCCACCGACCGUCCCUGCCAUCGAGGAGAACCCCUGCAAACGGGUGUCUAGUUUAACACUGAAAUCACUAGAAGGGGCUACGUCGGCAGAUUUAGCAGAAAUAGAGCAAAUAGUUAAGGAGCGAAUGGAGCAACACACCGAGAAUCAGGAGAGGAACUCGCUUUUCCGUGACGCGAAGAGCGAGUCUUCGGGUGAUGCCGUCGAUAACAAAGAUUUGAGCACGGAAUGCUCGUCGAAUGAGGCGACGGCAGCGUUGAGCGGUGACGACGAGAAGAGCGCGGAGAAUGUGAAGAAGCAUUUGGAGAAUCGGCAGUACGUGCUGCACGAACUCCUCGAGACCGAGGAGAAUUACGUCACGGAUUUGGCGCUCAUCGUCGAGGGUUACAUGGUGACUAUGCGCGACGAGAACUGCAGCAUUCCGAUGCCCGAAGAUCUCAAAACUGGUAAAGACAAAAUGGUCUUUGGUAAUAUUGAAUCCAUCUACGAUUGGCACAAAAAUGUUUUUAUGAAGGAAUUGAAACGCUGCGCCCAGCAACCCGGCGAGCUGGGACAACUCUUCAAGAAGUACGAACGGAAAUUGUACAUUUACGUCGUGUACUGCAAGAACAAACCGAUGUCCGAGUUCAUCGUCUCCGAACAUCUGGACACCUACUUCGAGGAGCUGCGAUCGCUCCUCGGUCACAAGCUGCAGAUCUGCGACCUCCUCAUCAAGCCCAUCCAGAGGAUCACCAAGUAUCAGCUGCUGCUGAAGGAUCUGCUCAAGUACACGGAGCGAGCGGGAAUCGAGAGCGACGCCGCGUUGUUGAGGGACGCCCUUCGUGUGAUGACCGUCGUACCGAAAGCUGCCAACGAUAUGAUGGAUGUUGGCAGAUUGCAAGGCUUCGAUGGAAAGAUAACUGCCCAAGGUAAAUUGCUGUUGAACGGACCGUUGAUAGUGUCGGAUCUGCCCGCAAAUACGACGACGAUCGUCGGGAAGAACAAGGAACUGCACGUCUUCCUCUUCGAGCAGAGUAUCAUCUUUUCCGAGGCAUCGGUCAAGAAGAAUCAGUUCAGCAGCUCCAAAUACUACUACAAAACUCACAUCCAGGUCAACAAGAUGGCGUACGAGUUCAAGGAGGACUCGUUCUUCAUCAGAUCGACAGAUCCGAACAAAGUGCAAUUCGAACUGUGCUGCUUGGCACCGACGCCCGAACUCCACCUGGAAUGGGAAUCGACGAUCGAGGCGAUGAUCCAAACGCAGACGGACUUCCUGAAAGCCAUCCAGAGUCCGAUCGCUUACCAGAAGGAACUAACGAGAGAUGCUUUCCCUUUCGAAAUACCCCAAGUAAACAGACAGACUGUAAAUAUUCCGGUGACGACCGUCCAGCAGCAGCAGCAGCAGCCGGUGGACGUCUCGAAGAAUCGUAAAACUGUGCCGGCGAUCCACAAGGCCAACACCAUCGGCAUUCCAUCCGAGGCGGAGAUCACCAACUCCAAGGAUAAACACCAGAAAAAGUACUUUUUCGAUGGGCUGAGGAGGAACAAGCACAAGAGCGACAGUCAGGUCGCUGAAGGAAACAAGAGCCAAACGGAGGGAGGAAGCCCGAGACGAUGGUCAGAAGCACAGAACUCCACGUUUGAUAAUCAUGUGAUGGCGCCUGGAACUCAGGCGAGAUUGGUGUGCGAAUGGCCGGAAUGCAAUCUGGGAGAGGCUGUGACGAUCAUCAGGUACGAUUCGAAUCAGGGUUACCUGGUGAGAACGAAUACGCACCUGGAGGAGAUCUGGCUGCCGUCGCACGUUCUCUCGAACGGUAACCGCAAAGCAUGGUCCUUCAGAUUCAGAAAACCCAGCUUCACGCCCGGCCGCAGAUCUAUAGACGGCACGAACAUCCAGGAGAACAUCAUACCUGAAGUGUCGUGUCCGGAGUUCCGGGACAAAGUCAAAGACUGCACCGCUCAGAGCGGCACCAAGGUGGUGUUCAAGUGCAGGGUGAAACCCUGCGGACGGAACGUGCAGAUCACUUGGAAGAAAACCGAACCGGAUCCUUGCGUCAUGCGAAACAGCGGAAGAUUCGCCCUCAGUCAGAGCGAAGACGGUGUGGCGAUGCUCAUCAUAAGCAACGCGAGGAGCUCGGAUUCCGGAACUUACCUGUGCAUAGCGUCCAACGAUAUUGGCUCGGCGCAAUGUUACGCCGUGCUGAACGUAUCCGAUUCGUUACCUUUACUCCGCGAACCUCUCAUACAGGUGAUCUCGUGUUCGAGCGUCCUUUUGGAAUGGGACAACGAUUCCAAUUCCAAUCAGCAAUUCCUCGUCGAGUAUUGCAAGCUCGGCACCGGGGAAUGGAUGUCGCCGAACGGCAGGCAACCUCUGAACUCGCUGAGCUACACCGUCGAGCAUUUGAUACCUGGGGAAACGUACAGUUUUCGCGUUAUAACCGUGCAGAACAAGCAGAUUUCCUUGCCGAGCGUCGCCGUAACUUUGCCGGUCGCUGAUAACUUGCGGUGGCAGCAGGAGCAGUUCAAACGAAGAUAUAUCGAGCUGGAGGAGAUCGAUCGAGGACGGUUCUCGGUGGUGAGGAGAGCUCAAGAUCGAGGGACAGGUCUGGAGGUCGCUUUGAAGCAAGUCUUCAGGAGGAAACAACCGCAUAAAGUUACGCAAGCUGAGUACGCUCUUUUGGCUGGAAUGCAACACCUCCACAUCAUCCACGCCAUGGCUCUAUUCGAUAACGCUCCCGUUCCUGGCAUCGACACCAUAGUUCUUGAGCUUGUGAAAGGUCCUCUUCUUUUCAACUUCAUCGCGCAGAACGAUGAAUACACCGAGUCCGAAGUCAACCAAUACGCGAAACAAUUGAUUUCCGCAUUGGCUUGGCUGCACGACAAAAACUUGGCUCAUUUAGAUGUUAAGCCGGAAAACGUGAUGAUAGACCCGAACCACGUGACACCGUUGGUGAAGUUAAUAGACUUCGGUGAUUGCGUGAACACCUCGAAGAGCGUCAUCCUUCCACCGGCGUGCCUCGAGUUCGCCUCUCCGGAGUUGGUGCUGGGUCAACCGGUUGGAAGACACACCGAUUAUUGGGCAGUCGGCGUCUUCCUCUACGUCCUCCUCAGCGGCGUCUCACCAUUCCUCGACGACUCGAUGGAGGAGACGACCGCGAACAUCCUCAAAUGCGAUUACUGCUUCCCCGAUGAAUACUUUUCCGCUGUUUCCUGCGAGGCCAAAGAACUGAUCGGCAAACUGCUCAGCCUCAAUCCGACGCAGCGCAUCUCCAUGGAGCAAGCGCUGGAAAGCGCUUGGAUCCAAAACAUCAACAACGGCAAUAACGUGAUACCAUCGUCGCGUCUCAAAACGUUCAUCGUGCGUCGGAACCCUCUGCAUCAUCCAGCGACGCCCACGACGCCGACGAACACGACGUUCUUCACCGACUAAGAAAACGAGAUUUUUUUUUCUUCAAUUAACCUUGUUUGCAUCUGCUCUACAUCGAACGGAAAUCUAGUCAAUAGACGAAAACAGCAAUCAUCGAAACAUGGAUGUAACCUACUAUUAUUACUACUACUGAUAUUCUGAUUACUAUACAUUUUCAUUAUCGUAAUUCAAUUUGUACUCUGUAAAUAUUCGCUUAAACUGAUUUAUAUAUAGUCUACAUAGUUUUUAUAUAUAUAUUGUGAGCACGCACAUUUCUAAGGAACAUAAUUUGUUUAGUAUUAACGUUUAUUAACUGUGAAAAGUUAGAUAUUUUAUAUGUUAUUAUUACUAUUAUAAGAAAUCUACAACCACACACCCCCCCGAACCCCCCAACCAAUGUGAUUUGAAACGCUAACGCAGAAGAAAACCUACGUAUGUUAAUCUUUGUAUUUA